AUGCAUUUGUCUCACGUCAUUGUCACGGCCUCUGCCUUUGCCUCUGGUGUUGCUGGUCUGGCACUGGCUCAACCAGAGGCUAAUCUCGAUGCACGAACCACUACGGUCCCCUGUGACAAGAUCUCGACGUACUCUACCGCGUACUUCUAUUCGAAGAUGUGCAAGAAGCCACCAGCAUCAAAGUGUCUGUUCUACACCAGGGGUCUGAGCAAGACGGCUCGCUCGUAUGGUAAGAAGGAAGGGUACACGACCAUCUGGGAACUUUGGCCCAAGGAAUUUUAUGACAAGACGCAAGUGAAGAGCAACCCUAUGCGGUGCAUCAUGCAGACUCCCAAGGAUCGUCAGAAAUACUUUGACAACAUGUCCAAGACCAUGGCAGAGACUUGUACAGAGUUCGCGACUGUUAUGACAAAGGACCCCGAGACACCUCCUCAGGACGGCAUCUGGGCAAGGAUUGAAUUCCCUCAACUCAAGGCUGGCAGCAUCUAUGGCAAGAUCAAUACCCUCGACUUGAUCAAUGCCGAUGGCACGAAGAUCAAAUCUCCGUAUUGGAGCCGCACUGCCAAGCGGGAGAACGGUACUGAACCAGCUUUCGAGGGGAACGACAUGGAGGUUGACGAGGAUGAGUACGACGACUUCCACGAUGAUGAACCGGAACAUGAGGAACAGGAGAGGGAUUUGGAGGAGGAAGAAUUCGAUGAUGACUUGGUCUUGUCCAAGCGCAAGGUGCCCGUGCGACCUGAUUGGAUGGCCCAGGAGCAGAACCUCUCCCCGAAGAACAGACUUGCCUCUAUUUUCAAGAUCGCGGACUCGAAAGACUCCGACGCAAAGAAAGAACCUGCCUCGUGGAAGCUACGCCACAUCGGCCGCCUCGUCAAACAAUACCUCAAGCCAACCUUGCCACUGACCAAGACCGCGCGGGACAUUGGAGCAGACUCCGAAGACGAGUCAACCUUGGCUGCUCGCGUUGUAGCUACCCAUCCGGCCUCAGACCGCCUCACGGCCCUCCAAUCCACACAGGACCAGAAAUCCCAGACCGAUGCGCUCGAGCAAAUCGCCAAGAUCGCCAAUCCCGCGAGCACGGGCGACAAGGCUGCAGCAGAUGCUCAGAAGUCGGACGAAGACAAGCUCAAGGCCAUUGCUAACAUCGUCCAGCCCUUCGCCGGCCGCCCGAUUUUCCGGAUCGGAGUAACUACGAACCCGAGACCGCAGACUCUCUCUGCCGCCUCCGACGCGAAGCCCGACAAGAACGCAGACAAGGCCCCUGGCUCUGGCGCCAACGUAGCGAACUCCAAGGCCGGCAAGCGAAGCGCUCAUGCUACCGAUGUGGCUGAUUCCGAGGAGUUCGUCGCGUCUCUCGAUGGGGCCGAUGGUGAUGUCCACGUCAAGCGGGAGCCGGUGAAGUUGCCGAGCAUCAAGCCGAGCACCACCACCAAGCCCAGCAGCACUAAGCCUGACUCCAAGCCUGACACCAAACCGAACACCACCAAGCCUGAUACUAAGCCUGAUACCAAGCCCGACACCACGCCGAACAACAAACCCGGCACCAAGCCCUCCCAACCCACCUGCUCGCGGGCCGGCGCCGAGGACGAAUCCGCGUUUGACGUGGGCGGACAAUUCGUCGUUCAAUGGUAA